AUGUUUGCUCUGGACAACAUCAUCCGAAAGGCCUGUGCAGACCGCCAUCACCAUCCUCGUGCCAGAGCGACGACCCCCGCCGACCCGGACGACGUGGACGAGGACCCUGAAGGCGGCCUCUCGCAGCCUCACCACAGCCGCAGAGCUUCUGUGGCUCAGAACGAAGACUCCACGGCUCCAAACGAAGACACCGUGGUCACCUCCCGGAGGUCUGUGACGCUGCAGCUGGGACGGAUGAAGCUGGAGACCAACAGGUUGUUGGAGCAGCUGUUGGAGAAGGAGCGAGAGUACCAGGCCAUUCUUCAACAAGUGCUGGACGAGAGAGAGCAGGAGAUCCGGCUCCUGAAGCUGAGAUCGGAGCCCACAGCCGGGACCGAGGAGCCUCACCACAGAGCGGCCUGA